UGUCACUAAUACGAAGACUAAGAUAGUCAAUAACUCCAGUAAAAGAAUUAAAAAAUAAAGAUUAACAAUCAUGAAAUUUGUUUCAUUGACAGCUUUUACUCGAAAAAUCAUAAUAAUUGAUAGAGGUAUAGAAACGGAUGCCAACUAAAGGAGGAGCAAAGUAAGAGCGGGGUUUGGACGACUGAAAUGGAUGUGGGCAAGCGCGCAAAUCUCCAGAGCCACAAAAUUCGCAAUAUUCUUCGCAUGCUUGAAGUCGAUGCUGGCGGAAGCGAAUAUUGCUGAUUUUUUUCUUAAUUAAAAGUUUUAGCUUCCAAAUUAAAUUACUAUAAAUAUUAUUUUAAGACUUCUGAUGAGAAAAAAAAAAAAAAUGUUCAGUACACCCUGUGUAGACCACGUGACUUGUGUAAAUUUCUUAUAAUAUUUUUAUUCUACAUAUGUAUAUCUGGUAAACAAAUUUUAUAUAACAUUUCGCGUAAUGUGUAGCGGGAAUAUAUAUUUAUACGUGUUCGUAUUACUGCAAUCAUCACAGUUAUGUAGGACCUUUAUUGCAAAUUCAACAUCGGAUGGAGAUUACAAAUUUCUGGUAGCCGGGGGUCAACGCAUACCGGCAGUGCAAAACUAUACCCGCUUCAUGGUCUCACUGCGACUACGCACCGCCACCAGAUACUUUGGUGACAAUCAUUAUUGCGCCGGCGUCAUUAUCAGUUACCGUUGGAUAGUCACAUCGGCGCAGUGUAUGGUCUAUCCUACGAAAAUUCCGCGACGUCCGCGGACAAUAAUUGUGGUGAUUGGUACAGAGAAUCGCAUAGUACCUAGUCGCACUACGCGUCUUAUGGCCGUUGAUAGAGUUGUUGUGAAUCGGAAUUUCACGUUACAUAACACUAAUGAUAUCGGAUUGAUUCGAUUGAAGUCGCGUAUAAUACUGAGUGCGCGUGUGCAAAUCAUGCCGCUACCCACACGUCCACCGCCAUAUGGUGAGCUUUGUACAGUUCUCGGUUGGGGAAGACUUUACUACGGUGGACCGUAUGCAGCUAAGGUGUCACACGUUGGGUUGGAACUUUUUACCGAGGAGCGUUGUAAAAAGGCUUAUCCCCGUCACUCACCGGGUGACUUAUGUGCCAGCUAUAGAGGUCGUUUCGAUCAUGAUCCCUGCACCGGCGAUGCUGGUGGGCCACUUAUUUGCAAUUCAAAAUUCGUAGCUGUAGUCUCCUGGACUCUUGGCUGUGGUCGGAGUGAAGCCCCAAGUUUAUACACUGAUAUAUAUCACAAUUUGAAGUGGAUUAAAUCGGUAAUGGCAGGGCAAGCUUGUUUAUCGGUGUUGACAGAACUAGAAAUGUUAAUGAUAAUAUAUCUUGUAGUAUAUUAUUCUUUAUAAAAGCUAAGUAAAUUCAUC